UGAGGAAGUUGCAGCUCCUUGAAAGGAAAUCACUACUGUUGUGGUGCUCCAGAUGCAAAGUCGUACUUUGGUGCACAGUGCAAGUGAGGCAUCUAGAUAAUAGUCAUAUUUGAAAAUGCCAUGGGUAACUGUUGGGCCUAUUGCGUAGUGCUUUUCAGAAGAGAGGCUAACAGGAUCCCAGGAGGAGGCGGGUCCAAAUACUUUCACAGCACCACCUCAGGGGAGCAUUAUACAAUAGAGUUUGAAAAUCUUGUAGAAAGUGAUGAGGAGGAAAGUCCUCAACCUUACCCAAGGCCCAUCAGUGAGGAUGAGCUGAAGAACCUUCGGGAACAUCGAUAUGCUGACAUCAUCAAUAAGCAGGUCCUGAUCGAUAAGAAGCUACAAGCGGAGUUAGAGGCACAAGAGGAGAGGUUGAGGCUAGAAGAGGAGGCUAGAAAUGCUGCCCAGCGGGAGGCUGCCAGGUUGGCGCGUGAACGAAAAGUGAAGGAGCUUUUGACCCAGAAGACGAGGGGUAGAGCAGAUGGGUGCGGCAGCGGUCCUCAGUUAAGAAAGCAAACCGGGGAUGGCUUUGACACCUCCCUCCAGAAUGUCAAAGCGCAGUCAGAGCCUUUCAGAAGCAAUAGACUUCCCUCUGACACUAAUGUGGUGACGCCUAACACUGAGUGCAGCUGGGAUUUCACCACCAAGACACGCUCCACCAAUGAUGACGGCACUUCACUGGAUCUCGAGUGGGAAGAUGAGGAGGGAAUCAACCGAACUUUUCCAGCGUGGCAAAGGUCUCGGACAGAAGAGGACAUUCUGCGUGCAGCCCUGAGACCCAGUGGCAAGCAAGCACAUAGUGGCCUGACCUCAACCUCAGAGGACUCAAAUGCAUUAGAGUGGGAGAAUGAUUUUGUCAGUUCCCACCUCGAGGACAGUGUAGAUCCAGAAUUUGAGGGUUUUGUAAAUCCAGUGCUGGAUACUCCCUCAGAGGAUGCCUCAGAUAACCAGGACAGAUAGUCUCCAGCACAAAAUUUGACUUUUUUUUUUUUUUUUUUUUUUUUUUUUUUUAAUCUCCUCACACAUACAUCACCACCAGCUUUUCUUCCACCCCUCGUGAAAUAAAUGUAAUUCCUAACUCUUCAGAAUGUGGAAUAUGAUGAACUGAUGCUACUGUUGUCUUUCAACAGACAUUCCUUUUUCAGUGCCUUCAUUGCUGAUUAUCUUACAGUAUGUUUUGUAGCUAAACAAUUGCAAUCCUUUGCCAUUUAUGGAAAGAGGUUACUUUGAGUUAACACUUCACAGAUAAACUUAGUUUGCUAAACAAUUCCAAAGAUCCUUACAUUUGAACAGAAAUGUAGUAUUCAUUGAAAGUGACCCCUUCCGCCCUUCUUUUUCCUACUACAGUUUGUCAACACUAAAUGUGACGAGACCGUUAACAAUUUUAAUAAUCUAUAAGGUGCCCGUCAUACUGAAAUGAUCCCACUGAGCAAGCUACUGAAGUUAACUCGUCAGAAGAAAGCGAUCUUUUUGCGACGGCCAGGAAACGUACAAUUAACAAACUAGAAAUACAGACUGAUCAUUAACAGAUGAAGCACUUGUCAGAUUUUAUAGUACAAUAUGGAAAAUCACAUUUUACAAAUCAGAUCACAUGGUUCGCAUCAGGGCAUCUCAAAAACAUUGUGAAAUUGUCCAGUUAUAAAAGCCCAUCUUAUUUCAGGUUUACUCCCGCAUCUUGUAAUUAAUUGCAUGAUAGGACAGAGUUGCCGAUUAAACUGAUACAACAUAAUACAACUCUUUCUGACAAUCUGCACAUCAAUCCAUCCAAUAUCUGAGCCACUUAUCCUCACAAGGAUCGUGCGGGAGUGCUGGAGCCUAUCCCAGCUAUCUUUGGGCGGCAGGGUACACCUUGAACUGGUUGCCAGCCAAUCACGGGGCGCAUGGAAACAAACAACCAGUCGCACCCAAAAUCACACCUGAGGGCAACUUAGGGUCUCCAAUAACACAUGUUUUGGGGAUGUGGGAGGAAACCACAGUGCCCAGAGAAAACCCAUGGAGGCAUAGGGAGAACAUGCAAACUCAACGGAGCCAAAACCCCAGUCCUCAGAACUGUGAGGCAGACGCACUAUCCAGUCAUCCACUGUGAUGACAAGAAUCUGCAUAUUUACACAAAAUCUAUAUAGGGGCCUUUGUUACAUUUUGAAUUGCUUUUUCUAAAUUAGCUUUAAAUUUUGUAGAGAAAGUGUUGCGUGACAAUUUACUAUUUGAAUAGAAACCAAACACAAAUGGACUUAUUGAUCCCAUUGCUAAGCAAAAAUAGGUGGCUGUUCUGCUGCCACUGAAAGCAUUAUUUUAGCCUGAACAGGGCCAAUGACCAUGGCUCAAACUGAGACGCACUGUUGAUUAACUACUGCUCUUCAGAAUAAUAUACACCAUCAUCAAUCUGUGGAAAACCCACGCAGGCACUGGAUGAACAUGCAAACUCCACACAAGCGAGGCUGGAUUUGAACCCAGGUUCUCAGAACUGUGAGGCCGAUGUGCUCAGAUGAGUUCCACCAUUCAUCAAUAUUAUUUUGGUGAUUUGUUUAAUAUGUAUCUUUCAGCAUGGCACCAGUGCAUCUGUGAUGAUGUUAUUUUUUGCGUUUGAAAAUGUGUCUUUUGAAUGUUGAUAGUGUUCGAAACUGCUGAAAGACUUUUACGCAACUGUUUCCAAAUAUGUUCUACUGCUGAAGAAUGUAGCUGAUAGACACGAUGAUUUGCUGAUUAAACAUCACAAUAAAUGUUCAUGUCUGUAUGUGAGCAUUUCAAGGGAAAUUAACACGUUUUAUGCCUGUUUUGAAAUCACAAUCACUAACGUAUUUACACACGAUCUAAAAUAAACAGGAAUGUGGUUUGUUGA